AUGAAUAUUACUGCGCAUAUAGAUUCAUAGGUGGCAGUUCAAUUAAAACUAUACAUAUGAUGAAGGUGAAAAUACGAGUAAAUCAUUUUGUGUGGCUUCUAUGGAUUAUCUUGGCAUACAAAUCUGCCGUUAAAGGGGAGGUAACAAUCCUUGUGAACGGGAAUGAUGUGUCUGCAGUCCUUCCCUACGAGGUGCGGUUGCUGGAAGGCAGCCCCCUGGAAGUGGAUUGUACCUCGAGUGCGGCCACGAGCGACAUCACCUGGGAGAUCAGGCCGGGUGCUGCAGACGCACAGACCGUCCACAACCGUUCCCUGGGAAUACCGGAAGUGCGUCUGCACGACGCCGGCACGUAUACGUGCCAUGUUACCGCCUACAUGAACUCGACCAGUGUAGAAAGCCUGGGGUUCACAAUGGAGGUAUUGUAUCUACACAGGCCCGUCAUUUCCGGUAUGACGGCUGUGUUCGAGGAGGAAGCGGUCCGCCUCGAAUGCCAAGUGGACGCCUCCCCCCAACCCGCAUACCAGUGGAGGAGUGAAAAUGGCAUUCUACUCCAAACUAGACAAAGCCUGCAGGCGGUUCCGGUCGCCAGCGACAUCUACCCUGUAUCCGGCGGGUUCGCCAUUGACUACAAGUGUGUAGUGUCCGCCACACUGGUGCCCAGUUUUGGCCAGGCGCAGGGGGUCGAGCAGGUCGCGAUGUGGACAAUGACUGUUUACAAACGUGUACGUACAAAAGGAUUUAGCAACACCGGUCGCUUCUACUCCGUUGAAGAUGGCAGAAACGUGAACAUAACGUGCCUUGCAACCGGAAGUCCACCUCCUUACUUCCGAUGGGAGCUGGGGACUACGGGCGAGUCGGUUGCACAGGGGCAGAGCCUCGUCAUCGAGCACAUCACAAAGGAGAUGCAGGGACAAUACAGGUGCCGCGCGUUCAACUCUAUCCCGUUAAACAACGGAAGUAUUCUUGGAACAAACGCGUAUGCCGUUGUGGAUAUUGAUGUUUAUACGCCACUGAAUGGCGACACGGCCGGUACGGCAUGUAAUGAAUCAACUAAGGGACCUGUAACUGCUACCCCAAGCAACCCCUCUCAAACAGACGCACACUGUGAUUGCAAUGAUUACGACCCAGUACCGGUCAUUAUCCUAGCCUCAAUCGGAUGGGUGUUGUUUGUGGCUGCCAUCAUAACACUUAUUGCAUGCUUACUGCUGUUGGUUAGAAGUAGGAAUAUGUCUGCCAAACAAGUUUUCGAACAGACGCCUGGUGUCCCUAACGGCAGCAAAUUUCCAUGACCAAUGCACAUUUCUAUGAAAAUUCUUCCAUAACCUUACGACCGCAAGAGGGCUGUCAGGGUCAGCAAGUUGUAAGCUUGAACCUGUCCACAACGGGGACUUAUAUGGAGCCCAUCGACGUAGAUUUGGGCUUAAAUUCAGAGUCAGACCUAUCCAAGAACCCACGCGAGUCGGAAGUCGGAUAUACAGGACUGACCUCGGGCGUUUCAUAACAAAAUUCAGUGGUGUGAAAUGUGCGGAUUUGUUCUACUGAACGCAUUGUUAGUACACACUGUUUAAUACGGAUGGGUGAAAUUCUAUUUGCUUUAUCAUAUUCUCAAUCUUUUUCAAACUAAGUUUCAAUCUCAGAUAUUCAGAUUAUUAGUAUUCUAACAACCUCAUAAAGAUUCUCAGCCCUUAUUUCAUAUCAGAUAAAAUUAAAUCAAAUAAAAAAAGUGACAAAAAAAAAGGAUAUUUAAAUUUUAGACAUUUGAUAAAAUAUGAAUAAAACGCAUUGCAAAUGUUGAAAUUAAUUUGCAAUGAUUUAAAUUGCAUGUACAAUUCUAUUCAUUAUCAUCGUCAUUAUUAUUCCAACUAUUAUUGUGUUUCCAUAGCAGAGAUGAAGGUACCUCAAAUUAAAUGGAACUAUUCAACCACUUGAAACACUGAAUGUAUAAAUUUAAAUAAAUAACUUGAUUAAUUCUAGAUAUGUGCUGAAUUUCCAACAUAAUAAAGUUAUGUUUUUGCUGGUAUUUUGUUCAGUUUGGGCUUCAAACAUCUACAACAGCCUGAACAGUCUUAGGGCGCUCUUAUUUCUAUAAUUAUUGCUAUCAACUUUACAUUUUUAAUCAAACAAAUUCUAGUGUACAGGCAGCACUGUAUGGCUUAGAGACACGGGAAUAUUAACAGUUUAACACAGUUACCAAUGUUGAAGGCUCACCAUAAAGGUUGAUGCAUUUUUUUAAAUUGAAAUGCACUUAUAUGUUAAACAUAUUUGUCUUGAGUGAUAAAAAACAGACAAAAAACAUACUAUUUAGGAACAGAUGAAAACUAUUUACCUUUAUAAAUGUGAUUUUGGGAAAUAAUAGCUACGUAGCCACAAACUCCCAAAUGAUAAAAACGCCAAUAUUUUGCUGUUUUUAUUUAUACCUAAGUCAUAUGCUUCUUUGUUUUAAUAUCAUUAAAGACAAAUGAGUUAAUCAAAAAAAAUGUAUUGAACUAGUAAAAAAAAGAAUUGGCUUCAACCUACAUUGUGCGCCUUUAAGUGUAUGGAAUAACCAUCAGCCGUGAACGUACUAUAUUAGAAAAUCUAUUAAAAGGAUGAAUUCAUCUAUACAUCUUAAAUACUUGAAGGUAUGGCAAUAGUUAUACAUCGUUAUUAAUAUCCCGAGUUGCAUGUAGUUUAUAUGCGUGCUUAACCAUGUUUGCCAUAUACAUUUUAUAUUGUAUUUCGAUCACAGAUCACAUUCACUUCUUGUUUUUUUAUAUAAUUGUUGAUCUGUUGCUGGAAAAGGAAUCAACAUCUAUUUUUCAAUAAAUCUUUUGACAUCAUA